GAUGACGCGGACGGGGCUGGAUGAGCUGCAGAGCCUUCUGGGGGCCGAGUUGCAGGGCUGCGCCGUGCCGGGCUUCGGCCGGGGGCUGUGGGACUUCUGCAAAGAGGAGCACCCCUUCAGGACGUGGCAAUGGGUUGCGCUGCCCUACUGCACCGGGGACCAGCACCUGGGGAACAACGUGGCCAGGUACCCGGACGGAGAGGGCGGCUUUCUGGAAGUGCAGCACGUGGGCGCCAGGAACGCGGAUUCCGUGCUGCGCUGGGUGCAGAGCUUGUUCCCGGACCUCGAGCGCAUCUACGUGACCGGGGAGUCUGCGGGGGGCUGGGCCUCCUUCGCAUGGACUGCGGAGAUUGCUCGGCGCUUCCCCAACGCCCAGGUGACCGGCUGGGCGGAUUCCUCGCUGCACCUGCUGUGCCCCAGCAGCGAGUGCGACGAGGCCCUCAAGACGGUGAGCGAGAGCUGGGGCGCCCCCAACGAGUUCACCGAGGGGGGCCUGUGGACUACCGAGGCGCUGCAGCCUGGUUGGGGCUUGCCAGAGUUCCUGGCGGACACCCUCAAGAGCUUCAAAGGCCGGGUGCGCUUCGGCAUCUUCACGAGGCGCCGAAAGGGGGGGAAGCUUUACGCCGGGCGUUGGAGGACCGCGGAUGAAGAGCAGCUGCUCUUUUGGGACCUCUUCGGCGGCUUGAAGGCGGUUCCACAGGACAAGUGGACCGAGGGCCUGGUGUCUCUGUUGCACUCCUUCGAGCGCGACGCCUCACCCGCGCUGCUGCGGACCUUCGUCUCCCCCGGGGCCACCCAUGGAAUCCACCGCUCCGAGGAGGUGUGGACGCUGCAGGUGCAAGGCGCGGUUCUUGAAAGCACAGGAAGCCGAGGCAUCCGCUUCGUUGAGUGGCUGCGGGAUCUCGGCGGCUGCCAGGCGCACGCCGCGCGGGUCUGGGACCCCGCGGUGGGCGUCGCGGCAAGCUACGCGGCGGAGAACGCCUCGGAGGCCGCCGCCUACAGCUGCGCCGCCCCGCCGCGCGGCUGGAGAGCGUUCGACCACCACCCCCGUGCCGGGCGACUCCUCAGCCUCCAGUGGCGCUUUCCCACUGAUGCCGCUGGCUGCCCGCUCGUUGCUUUCUUCCUGCCCGGUUCGGCCAUUCUCCCUCGCCUGCCGCAUGGCUCGCGUGAGCCAAAGAAGCGCGGCACUGCGAAAGAAGCGCGGCGGGAGAGCAUCCUCCCCAUCCUCCGGGAUGCGCAGGCUCGCUUGCUCCGGCCAGACUGUACGUUCGUGCCGCGACGGGUGACGGUCCGCUGCCGGCUCGUGAGCUGCCCGACGCUGGCGCCGGCCGACCUGCCGGAGCUGCGGGGCGCGGCCUGGCCGCUGAUGCUGGGGCAGAUGAGCCCAGGCUUUCAGUCGGGAGUGGCCGGCGAGGUGUUGACGGCACUCUCCGAUGCUUGGGAUGCCUUCGACAUCGACUUUGGUCGCCUGCCGGAAGUGCCUCGUGCAGAGCCCUCCACGGUGAAGGUGACGCGAGCUGGCGCGGCGCACGCCGUUGCCUGGUGGUGGGAGCUGGAUCUGGGUGGAGGGCUUCGGCACAGCAGCUGGACAACGGCGGCUCGCUCAGAUGAAGCGCGCCCUGCCAGGAACCACUGGCGGCCCUGCCUGUCCUUUCUGGGACGCCUUGACGUUGAAGAAGGCCAAGAGGUGGCGGUCACGGCCGCGCAUGAUGACGAGGGCGUGUGGUUCACCUGGGGCUGCCAAGGCGUUCCGCCGCGGUGGCUGGAGGGCGUCACCCGCAUCCCGCCGGAGCGGGAGCGGCUGCUGAUGGCCGCUUCCGAGACUUGGAGCGCGCCGUUGCGGGCGGCGGCCGCCGAGGCCGCGGCGCACGGGGGCCCUGUGCUGCUGUUGCCGGCGGAGGAUUGCCUCUCUUUGGGGGUGAUGGCAGAGGGCCUCGGUUCGGUGCCUGGGCGGGUGCUCAAGCCGAAACACCUUGCGCAAUGCGACACGCCAAUGCCAGGCGUGGCUGUUUUGGGCCCGGAUGAGGCCGUCGCAGCGGUGGUGCUGGAGCCUUUCGCGCUGGGAGACGAACUGCCCUGGCUGAAGGCCUUCCGCUGUCUGCCGGGCGGAGCCCACGUGCCGGCAGCUGCCCACGGUGGGGUAACGAUCCUGGCGGUGCUGGUCGAGUGUGAGGGGGCCUGGCUGGCGAGGCAGCCUUUGGGCAAGCUCUGUGGUGUGUCCAUGGAAGCGGCCAAUCCCUACCUGGUUCCGGAGCGGCCCUCGUUGCUGGAGUGCCAUCUGAACGAGAUCGCCUGGCGACCGCUCUGCAGGCCUCAGCCGCUGCUGAGCCUCACUUCAGACGCGGCGCGGCGCCUGGCCGACGGCAGCGUGGCCGGCCGCUGUAGGUUGGAGCCCACUUCGAGCAGGUGCCACGGGGUGGCGUUGUGGGCAGAGUUCAAGGUGAACGAGACCAGCAUCAGCACAGGCCCGGAGCAGAACGGCUGCUGCCAGGCCCUGCAGCUUCUGGAGGAGGUCCUCGAGGGCAAGCCCGUGGAGGUGGAGCUGUUGUUGGAAAACGGCCAGGCCAAGAUCUCGGCGCUUCCAGUGGGCGUGAAGCGAAGCGCGGACGCGGAAAAAAACCACGCGACUUUGCGGUCGGAGGGAACGCGGUGA